AUGCCUUCCAAAAAUGAGGCCCCGGGUUUCCAGGGGGAGCGCCGACAAUCCCUGAACUCCGUGGAGAAGGAGCAGAAGAAGAUGGCGAGGGCUGUGCUCAAACGAGGUGGCUCCAUGCAGUCCCUCCUCUCCAUGGGCUCCAGACGAUCCCAGCGAUCCGGGGAUUCCAAGAACAGCAGGCUCGGAAACAACAAGGUGCAACUUGCGGCCGGGGCUGCAGCUUGCGUGGUGCUGUCUUGGGUUGGUGCGGUAUCAGUACUGCUCAUGAUCGUCGCGCUGAGAUAUACAGGCACUGUCGUGGACCUCGCGCGCGAGCGCUACAUCGUCGCAGCAGCGGAGCGGGUCGGAUCGCAGUCCGCGGAGGUUUUCGAAGCGGCCUACGCUGCGCGGCAGGCGCUGGACUAUGCGGUUCAGCGCCAGCUUUAUUUCGAGCCUUUGGAUUAUGACUCCUUGAGUCUGGCGCUGGAGCCCGUGUUUGCCGCCCGUGAGCCACUGCGAGCGGUCGACAUCGCAUUCGACACGCGAAACGUCUCCAUGACGGUGCGGCGGGUUGUUGGAGAAGGAGUCCGAAAGCCACUUCUUGUGCAAUCUGAUGCGGCGGACUGUCAAGAAAAGUUGGGACGUUUUGGCUGCAUGGACGGUUUGCCGGCGCGAGACAUGCCGUGGUACCAGAUUGGCUCGAGCCUACCUGGUGGCCAAGAAGUCGGCAACACGAGCGGCAGCUACGAUGCGCCCAGCAGCUUCGAGUGGGCCCCAGGCCCUGGCUUUGUCCCACACGAUGACGGUGCCCUCACAGAGUCGGUCCGUGCCGUCGCCUGGUCGCCUGCACAUUCCUUGAUUUUCCGGUCAGUGUUUCCUGGAAGCGGCGGGAACCUGUCCAUCAUUGCAAGAGCAGUCGUGGAGGUGACGGAUCUUCGGGCCGAUGGUCGCCUGGAUGACCGCGCGAACCUAGGACAGAUGGGUGCUGUCUAUAUCUGCGACUUCGCCGGCACGCUCCUUGCCACGCUCCGUCCAGGCGAGCAGGCCCUGGUGCCGCGGCCCAGUGGCGUCGCACAGUUUCGCCUGGCCUGGGAGCUGGGCGGCUGGGCCUCCUCUCUGACGCCCGAGCAGUUUGAGGAGGCGAGCAUGUCCGGCAGCUCCUCCUUCAAGGCUGACGGCAACAUCAACGUCGCAAUCAUAGCCAUGCGGGGCAUCAGCAACGGUCAAUUCUUCGUGGUUGUCGCUUCUGAGCGGAAUGCUUACGCGGAGGCCUCGAUGGAGUUGAUCUGUAAUGUAGCCCAGGGCAUAGUCGUCUCGCCGUAUCCGGCGGCUUCGCUGAUUCUGUUGCUGUGCUUCGCGCUCCACCAAAUCAAUCAGAGGCGCAAGAAACGGCGAGUACAGCCGGAAGAGAGGCUGCAUCAGUUGCGUUGGUCCUGA